AUGGCACAAGGAUUUAAGCCAGCCAAAGCGAAGAAAGCGGCGACCUCGCCAAAGUCCGGCUCGAAGGCUAAAUCUGGCCCUAAACGUGGUCCUCGAGUGAUCGCGCCAAAGAAGAAAGCAGCAGUACAGGCAGCCAAGACAAAGCAGAAGCAGACUGCAUCCAUCACGGCCAGGAUCGAGCAGGAGAUGGUCAGUCGAGCAUCCAAAGGUGGACCGCUCACCAUUAUGAAGAAAGCGGCAGACGGCGAUGCGGAUGACAAGAAGAAGAACCAGAACAAAAAGUAG